GCGUAAUUCACCGAGGAAGUUUAUCUUAGAUGAGCUGUGUGUCUAGUGUUUAGUGCUGUAGGUGCAGGGUGCUCAUAUCAGUGCGCGCCCUGAGUUUUUUGGGAAGUAGAUCCGGCUGGGGCAAGUCGAGGAGAGAAAAAGUUUAGAGGGGGACUGCAGAGGCGCACGGUGCCACAGCCAGGACCACUAGGGAGCCUCUGCUAAGCGCAGCAAACAGCCCGACACGCCGAGCCGAAGAAGAAGAAGAAAAAGGAGAAGAAGUGUUUUCACAUUACUUUAUUCUUGCGUGCUUGGGGGGGUGAAGAGCAGGGCUAUGGCACGCGAUUAAAAAAAAAAAGCCGUGCAGUUUGUGAGUGUUAACGCAGGCGGAUUCUUGUGUUAUUCCCCCCACUCUCUCAAGAUGAAUAAAGACUUGAAGAGCCUGCGACAGCUCGCCGUGCCUCUGCUUCUCUUCGCCCUGAGCGUCGCGGUGCAGCAGGCGGACUCUGCGGCUUGCCACGGCUGUGCGGGAUCCAAAUGUGACUGCAGUGGACAAAAAGGAACCAAGGGUGAACAGGGUUUCCCAGGGCUCACAGGACAGCCAGGAGUCCCAGGAUUCCCCGGACCUGAGGGACCAAUCGGACCCCGAGGAGAGAAGGGUAGCGAUGGACCUCAUGGACUGCAUGGUCCAAAAGGAAUAAGAGGGCCGUCUGGAUUGCCAGGAUUUCCAGGAACUCCAGGACUUCCAGGACUCCAAGGACAAGAUGGACCACCGGGCCCAAGAGGAGUGCCGGGCUGUAACGGGACAAAGGGUGAAAGGGGUUACCCCGGAAGUGGAGGAAUCCCCGGAGCUCAGGGACUGUCUGGUCCACCUGGUCUGCCAGGACCGAAGGGAGACCCUGGUGAUGUGAUCUCCACCAACCGUUUUGGAGAGCAAGGAGGAGUUGGACUGCCCGGGUUACCAGGAGUUCCUGGCUCCUCUGGACCCCCUGGUUUACAAGGCCCACUCGGCCCACCAGGACCCAGAGGCUAUGAGGGUCGUCCAGGUCCUCCUGGUCUCCCUGGACCAAAGGGAAACAUGGGAUUGAACUUCCAAGGACCCAAAGGAGAGAAGGGUGACCCAGGUUUGCCAGGACCUCCUGGUCCUCCCGGGCAGGUGGGAGAGCAGAAGAGACCACCUGAGGCGGUGAUUCAGAGAGGAGACAAGGGUGACCCAGGUAUUCCAGGUCCUCAAGGUGAUCCCGGCUUUCCAGGACCCCCUGGUCCCUCAGGUGGCAACAAAGGAGACAAGGGAGAACCAGGAGAAGCAGGCAAACGAGGCAAACCAGGCAAAGAUGGUGACCCUGGUUCCCCAGGAUUCCCUGGAAUCAAAGGAGAGUCAGGCCUUCCAGGUCCUCCAGGCAGGGACGGAGAGAGAGGAUUUAAAGGUGAUCAAGGAUACCCGGGCCCACCUGGACUGGUGAUUGGUGGACAGACAGGAGGUCGAGUCGGUCCUAAAGGUGAGCCUGGAUUCCCCGGAUCACCCGGACAUAAAGGAGACAGAGGACCAGCAGGUCUAUCAGGGCCUCCAGGAGCUCCAGGACUUCAAACUAUUGGUGGAGGUGGUCAGCCAGGAUCUCCAGGCUUCCCCGGAGAGAGAGGUCAGAAGGGAGACUUGGGCCCUCCAGGUCUGUCACUGCCAGGACCUCCAGGUCGUUCAGGAGCUCCUGGUCCUCAGGGUCAACCAGGACUUCCUGGACCUCCGGGCUUUUCCACAUCGCCACAAAACUGUGUCUCUGGAGAGCCUGGGCGUCCUGGUCUGCAGGGAGAGAGAGGUUACCCCGGAGAGACAGGACAGAAAGGUGACAAGGGCGACACCUGUGUGAACUGCUUUGGUGGUACCAGUGCCAUUCCAGGACCCCCAGGACCUGCAGGACAGCCCGGUUUCCCUGGAGGGCCUGGUGCCACAGGUGUUAAAGGAGACCGAGGAUUUCCAGGAACACCAGGUUCUGUUGGACCCCCUGGUCCGUCCGGUCCUCAGGGUUCUUCAGGAUACCCUGGAGAGAAAGGAGAUCCAGGUGAUGCAGUCACAGUGAGCGGUGUGAGGGGGGAGAAGGGUGACAGCGGCUUCCCUGGACCACCUGGUCUACCUGGACUGGAUGGUCGACCUGGUCGUGACGGACAGCCUGGAGCGCCGGGACCCAAAGGAGCUUCUGGUUCCCUGCUGGUGAAAGGAGAACGAGGGCUCCCCGGUGAGUCAGGUACCCCAGGUAAUCCAGGAGACAGGGGACCUCCAGGGUCCCCUGGCUUUGGACCUCAGGGCCCUUCAGGAGAGAAAGGUAUCCCAGGAGUCCCAGGAAGACCUGGAGGUUCUGGCGCACCAGGGGCUAAAGGUGAACCAGGCCUGUCAAUCGCAGAAAAAGGCUUACCAGGAUCCAGAGGACUGGAUGGAGAGCCAGGAUUACCUGGUGCAUCAGGUAGCCCUGGUCAGCCCGGACAAAAUGGUUUCCCUGGUUUACCAGGAGCAAAGGGUGAUCCUGGACUCCCAGGAAUUGGACUUCCAGGACCCCCAGGAGUGAAAGGAUUCCCAGGUAUUCCCGGCCAGCCAGGAGCUCCCGCAGGACCAGGCAGACCAGGUGUAGAUGGACUCCCCGGCCAGCCUGGUUUUCCUGGACCCAAGGGCGAACCCGGAUUUGGCCUCCCUGGCCCCCCAGGUUUACCCGGAGUAUCUGGAGGUAAAGGUUUCCCUGGACCAAAGGGAGAUCCAGGUUUCCCUGGUGGUCCUGGUGGUCCUGGCCGAAAUGGAUUUGAUGGCGGUCCCGGCAGUAAAGGUGAGCCUGGUACACCAGGUUUUCCUGGAGGCCGUGGCCCACCUGGAUCCCCCACCCUUGGCUCACUGGGUCCACCCGGCCCUACUGGCAGCCCUGGCCCAAUAGGACCACCCGGAUUCCCUGGAUCAAACGGAGGGAAGGGAGACCCUGGCCCUCCAGGUCUAGACAUCCCAGGUCUCCCAGGAGACAGAGGAAGUCCUGGUUUCCCAGGUUCCCCGGGACAAGUCGGUAUCCCAGGACCUCCAGGGGGACCUGGAAGGGAUGGCCUGCCGGGACUUCCUGGUCAGAAAGGAGACAUAGGUAGCAUGGGAUCUCCAGGACCUUCAGGAGGACCAGGUGGCCCAGGAGGACCUGGUGGACCUGGACUUAAAGGUGAACCUGGAUUCCCGGGAAGAGACGGUGGACCAGGCGGCCCCGGUGGCAAGGGAGAGAGAGGUGAGCCUGGUCUCCAGGGACCCCCAGGAGUCAGUCAGCCGCCAUCAGUUACAAAGGGAACCAAAGGAGAUCCUGGACUACCAGGUUCACCAGGUCUUCCAGGUCAGAAAGGAAUCCCAGGUCUCUCUGGUGACCCUGGACUGUCAGGAUCAGAUGGCCGCCCAGGACUCCCUGGACCUUCAGGUCCUAAAGGAGAUCCUGGCAUCCCAGGAGGCCCAGGUGGUCCUGGAGGUCCAGGACCUAAAGGCAGCAUGGGAGAAAUGGGAUUUCCAGGACCAUCAGGGCAGAAAGGUCUACCAGGUCAGCCAGGUAGGUCUGCAGCCCCAGGACAGCCUGGAGGCCCUGGUUACCCUGGUGCCAAAGGUGAACCAGGUUCUGCUGGUGUAGGACCACCCGGACAAGGUGGACCAAAGGGUGAACCAGGACAGCCAGGGUUCCCAGGAAGUCCAGGGCUGAAAGGAGGUCCAGGAUUACCCGGUGGCUCAGGUUUACCAGGAGGGCCAGGCCCCAAGGGAGACCCCGGCCUCCCAGGAUUCCAAGGUUCACCCGGCAUCCCCGGUCCAAAGGGUCUUGAUGGUGGACCUGGUGGCCCAGGUCUCACAGGAUCCCCAGGUAGACCAGGAGAACCUGGUAGGUCAGGAGCACCCGGGCUUCCUGGAGAGAAGGGUCAGGCAGGUCGGGACGGGAUCCCGGGACCAGCUGGAGUCAAAGGAGAACCAGGACUUCCUGGUUAUGGAGGUCCCGGUGCCUCUGGUCUUCCAGGGUUGCCAGGUGCAAAGGGUGACCCAGGUCUCCCCGGUCCAUCUGGCAGUUCUGGUUUCCCAGGCACUAAAGGAGAGGCUGGUUUCCCUGGUAGUCCAGGUCCUGCUGGCAACAGUGGCCCACCUGGACCUCUUGGACUUGCUCUGCAGGGCCCCAAAGGGCUCUCAGGACCACCUGGACCCCCCGGAAGAGCAGGUGCACCUGGCCCAGAGGGUCCGCGUGGGCCCGCAGGAACAGGCGGCGUCAGGGGAGAGAAGGGUAACCCUGGCACUCCAGGCCAGCCAGGCUUCCCCGGAUCGAAAGGAGACUCUGGUGUUCCUGGAUUCCCAGGUCCGUCUGGUCAACCUGGUGGUAGUGGUGCAAAGGGAGACAUCGGUCUUCCUGGGGUUCCUGGAUUCCCUGGACCAAAAGGUGAUUCAGGCCUCCCCGGUGGUAAUGGGCUUCCUGGAGAUCCUGGAGAUGUUGGACCCGAAGGUCCUCGUGGUGACCCCGGUGCGCCUCCAACUCCAAUUGUGGUGAAGGGAGAGAGGGGUCCCCCUGGUCCCGUGGGCCUGAACGGUGGUCGGGGAUCCCCUGGUUCUCCUGGGCGUGACGGACUUCCAGGUCCAUCUGGUGAACCUGGAAAUCCUGGUCCGGAGGGUCCACCUGGCUUCAGCGGCCCAUCAGGCAGGAAGGGAGACACAGGACCAGCCGGUCAGCCUGGUCAGCGUGGUUACCCUGGUCCUCCUGGUUCAGAUGGUCCUCAGGGUCCUCCUGGUCUACCAGGAUCAGUCUCUGCAGCUCAUGGCUUCCUCAUCACCAGACACAGCCAGGGUCAGGACGUUCCCUUCUGUCCCGAAGGAACAAACCCCAUCUACGAUGGAUACUCACUGCUGUACGUGCAGGGCAAUGAGAGAGCACAUGGACAGGACCUUGGCACGGCCGGCAGCUGUCUGCGCAGAUUCAGCACAAUGCCCUUCAUGUUCUGCAACAUCAACAACGUGUGCAACUUUGCUUCUCGUAAUGACUAUUCCUACUGGCUGUCUACGCCUGAGCCAAUGCCCAUGUCAAUGGCCCCCCUCACCGGAGAGAGCAUCAAGCCGUUCAUCAGCAGGUGUUCAGUGUGUGAAGCUCCGGCCAUGGUGAUUGCAGUCCAUAGUCAGACCAUCCAGAUUCCCACCUGCCCGUCGAAUUGGGAAGCCCUGUGGAUCGGAUACUCCUUUAUGAUGCACACCAGUGCCGGUGCAGAGGGCUCCGGUCAAGCUCUGGCCUCACCCGGCUCCUGCCUGGAGGAGUUCCGCAGCGCUCCCUUCAUAGAGUGCCAUGGCAGAGGGACUUGCAACUACUACGGCAACUCCUACAGCUUCUGGUUGGCCACUGUAGAACAGAGCGAGAUGUUCAGGAAGCCACAGUCAGAGACUCUCAAGGCGGGUAACCUACGAACACGCGUUAGCCGCUGCGUCGUCUGCAUGAAGAGGACGUAACAGCAACCAGCAAGAAACCAACCGGUGCCAGGCUCGCCUGAUCAAUAACGAGAGAUGAUUUGAUGAUGGGGGACAAGUAGGGGGGGUAGUAGUCACAGCGACGGAUAUACUGUUGCCGUGACGACAAAGUGGAAUACCAAUGGUGCAUUGUCUUCCAGAAAAACAAAACAAUGGUGCUACUGUGCAACACAGCUUAAAAGAAAAAAAGAAAAAAACUGACGUAAAUAAAUCUUAUAUUUACUCUUUGUUUUUCUUCAGAAGUACCUCAAAAUGAAAGCAGAAAAAUAUCCACUAAAUGGUGCCAUGAUGGAUGUGCGACAACUAAAGUGCAUUUUUCAUUUUCCUUCUUCUUUCCCAAAAGGAUCCCUUUUUCCCUUCUUAUUUUUUUAAAUCACUUUUGACGUUAGUGCAACAAAAAAUGUGAUACCAUACAUCCAGUUCUAGACAGAAGUGAUCUUUUGUUUUGUUUUUUUUUUGUUUUAUUUUUGGUCUUAUUGAUGAGGAGUGGAUGGUCUCCAUGGUUACCAAAUCGGCACUUUGACUUCGGAACAUCCAAGAUGAGAGAUGCACUGACGAUGAGCUUUCCUUUUAGUGAGACUGCCUUUUUUUUAUAACUAGCUCUUCAUUCACACACUCUUUCUCUCUCUUUCUCCGUCAUUUUUCUGUCGUUUAAACGUUACAUUUGGUGGUACUAACCCUACCAUAGCCCGCCUCCUAACCCUCAGCCCUACAUUUUCUUUCUCAUACUUUUUUUUUGUAAGUAAUAAAAUGUGUAUAUUGUGUAAAACACUUUGUUUUUAGUGAAUUAGGUCAUGAAUCGGUACCAGCUGUUUGAUAUGAGACAAUUUCCAGGUUCUUUUUAGCUCACACACACACAUUUACACACAAACACAUACAGAAAACACAUUAAUUCACUUCAAUGCUCACAGACACACACCACUCAGAUAUUGUACAAAGUAAGGCUUUUAUGAAUGAAACAGUAUUUUAUAUAUAAUAAAUAUAUAUUUGAAAAAAAGAGGAAUAAAGGUAUAUAAACUUAUUUGGCUGUGGGGAGAUUGUUCACUGUUCACAAACAAAGGUCAGGCAUUUCAAAAACUACUGAGCACAGACAGAGCCAUUUUCCUCAACAACAGACUUGUAUAAUAUAAACAAUUGCUUAAAUCUUUUGUAUUCAAUUUGUAGAAUUAAUAAAUGUUGAACUGAAUAAAGGGGAUUUGCUUUUAGCUAGUCUAAUAAUUGGGGAAUGUUACAGAUAUUUGUGCAACAAGGAUUUGAAUUACAUUUUGGCUCCUUCAUUAGAAAAAACACAAUAUUUGUUUUGUGUUUUUUAACAUUUCCAGGUGCUGGGCUUUGCUGAAAAAGGAGGGCCUAAGGUUAUUGUUGUUUUUGGGGGGGAGGGGGCAUUUUGUGCCUCUAAAAUUUUCAAAUCCACUUUCUCCAGCUUGAAUCUGUAUCCAAAAUUGGUUAAAGUGUUCACACUCAAACCUGUUGAAACACAGGUUCAAGUGUCUGUACUUCAAAAUCAGGUGUGAUGUCCUCUGAUGUGCCUCAUCGGGGGCACCGACUCCUGAUGCGCUGUAAGUCUACAAAAGCUGUUUUUUUUCUGGGGGAAAGAAAUGUAAUGUUUCCUGUGAUUUUUAUUGUUAUUUUUAUUUUUCAAAUCUGCUUUUACAAAUUCUAAUUUUGUCAACCUGGGGUGCGAUUAAAAAAAAAAAUGUGUAUUUGUUUUAUUUUUUUCUUUCUUUUGUUUUUUUUUUCAUGUUAUGUUAUCCAGAAGUUGUUAUAAACUUUUAAGACUGAAAUAAAUACUAUGUCCAAA